UUCUUUGAAGCCCCGUAUAACAUGGCUACUGUAGCCAACUCGGGUGUACCCAAUGCUUCGGGGGUACCUUUCGACUACUUCUCACCUUCGGGUUAUGCUGCCGCUGCCAACCAGUUUAUGGACAGCUAUGGACACCAAAUUCAGCCCUUCUUUCUGCACCCAGAGACGUUCGCUCCAGUGAAUGCCAACAACCACCUCGCAGCAGCCCUGGCUAUGGCUAAUACUGCAGCGAUGCUCAAGAUGAACGCAAGUUACGGUGUACCCAUUGCACUAAUGGAUCGUCGAGCCGCCUCGAUGCCACUGCCUAUCAAAGUUGCUGCUCCUAUUAAGCCUCGCCUUCCUGUUCAACGUACAGUCUCAGCAUCGUCUGCGAGUAACAAGGUGGCACGUAUGGCGAUCACGCCAGAUAUCGCCGAUUUUAAGCUCGUUCAGAUCUUUCACCAGUUCUGUGACCCCAACACUAAGGUACUGCCUUUACCGAGGUUUCAGCAGCUCCUUCUUCACCAUCAAGUGAAGGAAGACACGCCGGGGUCGACUGUGGUGACCCCAGAUGCCCAAACUCUGUUCAACGCUCUAGAUAUCAAUGGCGUGGGUGUUCUAGAUCUAGAACGCUUCAUGCACUCGUUCCAGAUCUGUAAUCGCUGCACCGAAGCGAAACGCCGAGCGCAUCAAGCUCUUUGCGCCAGUCAAGGCCAAUCGUUCACACCCACGGCACUUGAGAAACAGUUGAUGGAAGAUGUGGCUCCUGUAGUUGUGCGUGUAGUGCCUACGCGCUUCGAAGGCCACAAGGUCAAGAGUUGCGAACACUAUCAGUGGACGUGGUGCGAAGGGUUCGAAAAAACUGGCAACGAAAAGUGUCGAGGCACCAAUCGCCACGAUAAAUGUCCCAAGUACUUGGCCAAUUGCACCUUGUGGAAGCACAAACUCCCACCCAAGAGCCGAAAGCCAAAACUUGUGAUGGAAAACGUCGACUCGCCGACCAAGAAGCUCAAGCACUUUUCCUAG